CAGCGGUGCUCGAGUCCCGAUGGAGAUCGUGUUGCUGAACGCCGUGGGCUCCUCCGGCUUCCGCGGUGUCAUCCACCUCCUCGACUGGUUCGAGCUGCCGGACAGCUUCGUCCUGGUGAUGGAGCGUCCGGAGCUCGCGCAGGAUCUCUUCGAUUUCACCAUCCAGAGGGGAUCCUUGUCGGAGGAGGUGGCGCGGGGGCUGUUCCGGCAGGUGCUGGAGGCGGUGCGGCACUGCGACGCCUGCGGUGUCCUGCACCGGGACAUCAAGGAGGAAAAUAUUAUCAUCGACCUCGCCACCGGUGAGCUGAAGCUCAUCGACUUCGGCUGUGGCACUUUCCUCCAGGACGCAGCCUACACCGAAUUUGCCGGAACACGAGAGUACAGCCCGCCGGAGUGGGUCUGCUACCACCGCUACCACGGCCGUUCAGCAACAGUCUGGUCCCUGGGCAUCCUGCUCUAUGACUUGGUCUGCGGGGAUGUCCCCUUCGAGCAGGAUGAGGACAUCGUCAGGGGACAGCUCUUCUUCCACCAGCCGAUCUCCCUCGGUGGGUACCCGGCGUCGUGGCGGGCAGCGGGUUUGGGAGAUGGCACUGGGGGCAUGAGCAUUCCCGCUCUUAGGGCUGAGGAGGAGGGUGAUGUCCUGGGGUCAGCUGGGGAAGGUGGCACGUGUCCUGCCAUCCUGCUCUCCUCCAAAGCAGCUCCUGGAUCAGGAGGUUUGGGGGUAGCUCUGAGCACACCCAGCAUGGCCCGGGCACUGCGGACGGUGGGGGAAGGUGGACAGGAGCCUUCUAUGACCGGCGGUGUCUGGUUUCUCUCCCCAGAGUGCCAGCAUCUCAUCAGGUGGUGUUUGUCCUUGCGGCCCUCUGAUAGACCAUCCUUGGAGGAGAUUUUCAACCACUCCUGGCUGCAAGGCGCUCACCACCCCUAG